AUGGCCUCUAAACGAUCUAUCCUCAUUACCGGCUGCUCCGACGGUGGCUUGGGCUCUGCACUUGCCCUUACCUUCCACAAGACCGGAUGGCGUGUCUUUGCAUCAGCUCGCAACAUGUCCAAGCUGAAGGAAGUUGAAGUCACAGGCAUCGAGAUCAUACAGCUGGACAUCAACUCCGAUGAGUCAAUCAAAAACAGUGUCGCCAAAGUCCAAGAGCUCACCGGUGGUUCGCUCGAUGCCGUAUUGAACAAUGCCGGCGCUGGGUACUGUAUGCCGCUCAUGGACGUUGACAUUGGCAAAGCCAGAGAGCUUUUUGAUAUAAAUGUCUUUCCUCUACUCAGCAUGACCCAAUCAUUUCUCCCGCUUCUGAUGAAGUCGACUCGCGGCCCUAUGGUGAUCAACAACACCUCAAUCGCCUCAGUCAGCGUCGGCGGUCUUCCGUUCCAUGGCUCGUACAACGCUUCCAAGGCCGCCGCGGCAAGUCUAACGGAAUCCAUGCGUGUGGAACUUGCGCCGUUUGGCAUCAAGGUGAUCAACCUGAUGACGGGCGCCGUGGGGUCAAACUUCUUCGACAAUGCCCCCAGUGCCACGCUGCCAUCCAACUCGCUUUACAACUUGGCAAAGGAACCCAUCGAAAAGUUCAUGGCUGGCAAAGACGGUGACACCAUGGACCGUUUCAAGUGGGCGGAACAGGUUGUCAAGAAUCUUGAUAAAUCGCAUCCGCCCUUUUGGGUAUGGCAGGGUCGUUAUGCGAAGGAGUUGCGGGUGGGUGCCCUUUUGCCGGUAGGGUUUUUGGAUAGUUUUGUUAAGCCUAUGGUGGGAUUGGAUGUGUUGGAGCGCAAAAUCCAAGAGCAGGAGAAAGAGAGCAAGGGGAGGGUGUCGUAA